GAGCCCAACUCCCGUUUCCCUCCGCUGGGCGCGGGUGCUGCCCUCGGCGUUCGCUUGCUCAGGUCUGCGGCGCCCUCAGCUGAGGAAGCGGGGCGAGGGCGAUGGCCGCCGCCGCCACCUGAGCGUCCCGUCCCGUCCCGUCCCGUCCCGUCCCGUCCCGUCCGACCGACCCGACCCACGGCGCUGGGCAUGGGGCUGGGCUCCAGCUCCGAGGUCCCCGACGGCGGCGCCGAGGGUUUCCACGUACACGGGGUUCAGGAAAACUCCCCAGCUCAACAAGGAGGACUGGAACCUUUCUUUGAUUUCAUCAUUGCAAUAGGACACACUAGGCUUAAUAAAGAAAACAAUAUGUUGAAAGAUCUACUGAAGGCAAAUGCUGAAAAAGCAGUGAAGCUGGAGGUGUAUAAUAUCAAAACAAUGAAAAUAAGAGAGGUGGAGGUGAUCCCCAGUAACAUGUGGGGAGGACAAGGUCUUCUUGGAGCCAGCGUGCGGUUCUGCAGUUUCCAGGGAGCCAAUGAACACGUGUGGCAUGUUUUGGACGUUGAACCUGCAUCUCCUGCGGCUCUAGCUGGUCUCCAGCCAUACUCCGACUACAUUGUUGGAUCUGAUCAGAUUCUUCAGGAGUCAGAGGAUUUCUUUUCACUGAUUGAAUCCCAUGAGGGGAAGCCCCUGAAGCUGAUGGUUUAUAACACUGAAGCAGAUUCCAUUCGAGAGGUAGUUGUGACUCCCAAUGGAGCUUGGGGUGGAGAAGGAAGUUUAGGGUGUGGCAUUGGAUAUGGCUAUUUGCACAGAAUCCCAACACAGUCUAUAAUAUCGAAGAAAAAGCCAGAAAGCAAACCCCCUUCACCCUUACCAGAAGCUGGAACUCCUGUACCAUCUACUAAUGGUUACACAGAGACUCCGUUACUGGCACCUACUUCUCAGAGUGACAACUCUGAAAUAGUCAUGAACUUGGACCAUUCCACAGAUCAAGAAGUGAGCGGCUAUUCACCAGAAAGCUCACUUUCUCCUCCUCCCCCUCUCCAGAGAGUUAUGGAUCCAGGAUUUCUAGAUAUGUCUGGUAUUUCGUUUCCUGAACUCACUGACUUAACAAAGAUGUCCAACAUGUCUUCAUCUGCCUCCUUCAACGUGCCAGCAGCAGAUGCUUCAGAAAGCACCGAAACAUUAAUGUCAAACGAUGAUGCCUCUGCUUAUUUUGAAAACGCCGCAGCUUUGGGCCCUGACGAUGUAACCAUGUAUUCUGGAGGCUCCAGCAAGCAGCCGGGGCUGGACGACCUACUCACUUCAAUUCCAUCUCUACCUUCUUUUGCUCUUCCUAAUGAAAUUUCUUCAAAAACAACACUAGGAACUGAUCCCGAUAACCAAGAAACAAAGCUCCUCUUAAACAGUCUUGAGAGCUCGUUCACCACUGCUCUGGUGGAACCAGAUGAUGAAGCAGCACGUGAACAGAAAGAAGCUGCUGCACAAGCUCACGAGUGAAAUGGAUGCUGCUUUUGUUUACAGACUACUCUCUGCUGUAAUACUACGGCUUGGAAUAUCUUUCUGAUCUUGAAAGAAUUACAGUUAUUCUAUUUUGUUAGUGUAGACAAUAUUAUAAAAGAAAUCAUAAUGAAACACAUCUUAUUGUCUUUUCCAAUCACUGUUUCAUUGAACACAGAUCGAUCAAUCCAUUAAUGCUGUCCAAAAUCAUCAAAUUAAUGGAGAAAUUAAUGCAGAACCAAGGUGGAGAUUGGCAAAUGCUCCCGUAUGCAUUUAUGAAGGCACUGCCUGAACAGUGACGCUUGAUGAUGAUUUUCUCAGUAUGACUGAUGGCAUUAAAAAAUAACAAACCUA